AUGGAGCAGCUCGUGACGUCAUCUCUUGCGAUCCCAGAGACUUUAACCACCGCGAUACCCGUCUCAAUUAAAGUGCCAGUACAUGAACGACGUCCUGGUGAAGCUCCGAUCAAGAAAGCGUUCUUGAAGCCCAAAUCAGUGUCAAAAGCUACUAAGGAAGCUAGUGAUGCAAAGGAUGGAAACGAUACAAAGGAUGACCGCGAUCGUGGCCAGAAGAAACGCGGUGGAACCUUUAAAAAGCGUCCGGUGGAUGCCGUACAAGACCCGGCAGAUAUGUUGUGCCGUCCUGUGGCCUCUGGGGAAGGCUGUCACUUUGGUGACAGUUGCAAGUUUAGCCAUGAUAUUAAUGAUUACAUGAAGCGCAAACCAAAGGAUCUGGGCGAGCGCUGUCCAGUGUUUGAUGCCAUGGGCUACUGUCGCUACGGUGUAGCUUGUCGGUUUGCCAACUCACACAUUGAGAAAGUGGAUGAUACUUAUCGUAAUGUGAAGCGUGAAGAUUAUGCAGAGAUGCAGGGCAAUGAGGUGAACGAUCUGAGCCAUGAUUUGAGGCUGAAGCUGCGUAAGGAUACGUACGACUUCCAGUCAAAACAGCAGAUGAAGAAAAGUAAGAAGAACGAUUGUAAACGCUCGCAGCCAAGUGAUCAAAAGAAAGAGGUCGAGAUGAAAGGCGACGCUUCUUCCGUAACAAUCAUUGGUACUACUGAUAGUAACGAAAUGGCAGAUCCAGAGACUUUGCUGUCGGCUUUUCAACCCGUACAAUUGAAGUCUGCAGAUAUUGUGAAAACAGAGUCUGCGUCUGAAGAUGUCAAUAUAGAGCCUGCUGCUGAGAGUCCAUUGCUCGCGGAACGAAAACCCGUUGACUUUAAGCGGAAAAUUUACAUUGCUCCGCUUACUACCGUGGGCAACUUGCCGUUCCGUCGAUUGCUAAAGCAAACCGGUGCCGAUAUUACAUGCGGUGAGAUGGCAAUGGCUACAAACCUGCUGAAGGCUCAACAGUCAGAGUGGGCAUUGCUGCGACGUCACAAGAGUGAAGAUGUCUUUGGUGUACAGCUCGCGGGCUCGUAUAGCGACCAGAUGGCCCGUGUGUGCGAGCUUCUUGCUCGCGAGACGGAUGUGGAUUUCGUCGACAUUAACAUGGGUUGCCCCAUCGAUAUCGUGUGUCGCUCUGGCGCUGGAUCGGCAUUGAUGACCCGUCCGCCUCGGCUGCUUGAGGUCGUAUCUGGUGCCUUGACCGGACUAGAGCUCGGUACCCGUGUGCGUACGGGUGGUACCGUGAACACUCCAGGGCUUACCGUAAAGCUUCGCACGGGAUGGAGCGACAAACAGCUGACGGCUCACAAGUUAGUGCCCAAGCUGCAGUCUGUGCGUGCGUCUCAGGCGUACGUGAACGCUGCAGUAGUUACUGCGGAUUUUCAGCUCCGUGCGACACAAUCCAUUGACGCCAUUACAGUGCACGGCCGUUCAAGGUUGCAGCGGUACACAAAGAAUGCUGACUGGGAUUACAUUUUUCAGUGCAGUGAUGCACAACAAGGCAGCAUUGAUGAUGCCCACGAGUUGUCUCACGUGCAAUUCAUUGGUGGCGGUGAUGUUCUUUCGUACCAAGAAUUUGAUGACCACUUGCAAAAUGGCAAGCUGGACACUUGUAUGCUUGCACGCGGUGCACUCAUCAAGCCGUGGCUUCCCACUGAGAUCAAAGAGCGCCGUCAUUGGGACAUUUCCGCCUCGGAACGAUUCGAGUUGCUCCAAGAGUUUGUUCGUUUUGGUCUUGAACAUUGGGGUUCUGAUCAAAAGGGCGUUAAUCGGACACGUCGGUAUUUGCUCGAGUGGCAAUCGUUCUUAUGUCGGUACAUUCCUGUGGGUUUAUUGGAAUCUCUUCCUCAGCGAAUUAAUGACCGUCCAUCAUCUUAUUAUGGACGCAAUGCUCUUGAGACUUUAAUGGCCAGUGAUCAAGCAAGUGAUUGGGUCCAGAUUUCUGAAAUGUUACUGGGUCGUGUGCCAAAUGAUUUUCAAUUUGUACCUAAACAUCGAGCAAAUGCGUAUCAAAGUACGGAUUGA